CGCCUCCAAUAAAUACUGGACAAUGUUUUAAAUUGUAUUUACAUAUUAUAUGUAGCUCCUUAUACACACUAUAUAAAACCAUGAUAGCAGUCCUGGGAGGGCAGUGUUUCAUAGGACUAAUGAACAUGAAAGCUAUGGAUUAUGGGCUAGGUAUUCUGCUUGCCUUGUGUAUUAUACCACUGUGCAAUUCACAGUGUACAACAGACACCAAUGGGCAAAUUGGACACAAAUAUCGUACCCAUGGAGCUUAUGUGAGACAACAAAAAGGCUGUAUAAAGGAAGGGACUUUCUAUGAUUUGGGCCAAGAAUGGAAAACAAAUGACUGCAUGUCCUGCAAAUGUAGAAGAGACUCAAUUUCAUGCUGUACUAUGUAUUCAAAGCCAUCUGACUUCGACCAGGUACACUGCGAAGCAAUUCUUGAUCUUGACAGUUGCAAAUACAGAGUCGUGAAGAAGAAUGACAAAACACAACUUUGUCAAGUUGAUGCUUGGAUUUCCUAACAGCUACACCUUUUCGUGUGCUUUUUAACUUGUAACUGACUCUCAGAACAAUAAACAUCUUCAUAAAAUGA